CGUGAGACGUCUCGGAGUGCAGAGGCUAUCCCGGCACCAUCUCAACAUCUUCUGCACUACCUUCAUCCAAAACGUACAUUUCAGAGCACUGCUCGUCGUGACUGCACUUCAUCCUCGAGCACGUCGCCCUGUGCUGCAUACGAAAACGUUCGCGGAUAGGGACUCCCUCAAAUUUUAGGAACGUAUUGCUUUUUCCGGCGUGCUGUGAAAAUACAGACAGCACCAAACGACACCGCUGAAGCGGAGACAAACAUAAGGGAGAUGAUAGACGAAGUGGACGGACGGACGGACGGAAGACAACGUAUAGCUGAGCCACAGCAGACGGAGUCAUUACGGCCAGGAGACCAGUACGAGGUUAUGGAGGAGCAGAGGGAGGGGACAUCAUCAGAACAGGGGGCCGAGGAUGUGGAUGCAUCAGAAGACAAUAUUGAAGAAGACCGAUCCGACUAUUCAGACAGCGGCUACGACGAAGGGGGCUGUCUGGCAGACACAGAGGAGCGGGCAGCUAUGCAGAGUGUCGAGAGAGUGGAAGUCCGGGUCGACGUCCGGGUCGAGGUGAAAUAUCAUGAGGAUGAGGUGAACUGAAGGAACAAAAUGCGGAUACACUUGUAGGAUGUGGAAGUUGCUGCUUUGCUGCUGGGUAAUCAUCAGGAGGAAGAGAUCACGGCUCAUGUGUAUUAGUACUAUUGACCUACUAAGGAAGCGGAUUGUGCGAUUCAAUAAGCCAGCUGAGGAGCUAGUACUCCUGGGAAUAGGAUGCAUGUAUGCGCUUCUUGUACUUGCGUUCCAGGCUGUAACAGCUGCGCUGUGCAUCUCGUCACAAAGGAUGU